CCUGACCCCAACUUUCUUACCAUGAAGCUCAUUGCCUCUAUCGCUGUGCUCUCGCUCAUCGUCGCCAUCGCCUCGGCCCACAUGCACAUUACUGGUGCGGGCACGUCGGCCAACCCUACCGCUACCGUCGGUCUCCGCGGGACUGAUGCUGCUGGCGCCAACGCCGGUGACAUCGGCUACUCGGGCUCCGGCCCCAAGGGUGGCAACCAGGCCAAGUGCGGCACUGGUGCUGCCAACGUUCCCCGGACCGACCGCCUCUCCAUUGCUCCCGGUGCCACGCUCCACAUUGCCGGCACCGUUGUUGUGACCCACGGCGCCAACCGCAUUAACUUCAACGGCACUGCCGGCGCCAACCCGAACUUCUCCACCACCACUGGCACCAUGCUUUUCACUGCCGCCACCGACAUCACUACGGACGGCACUAACUGGAGCUACUCGGCUGCUGUCCCGUCGACUGCCUCGGGCGAUUACACCAUCCAGGUCACCUGGCCCUCGAACGGCGGCUACUACCAGUGCGUCGACCUCAACGUCAACCGCCCGUCCGGUUCGGCUGCCUCGACCGUCGCCCCGGCCUCGACCUUUGUUGCUGUCUUUGUCGCUGUCAUUGCCUUUGUUGCCGCCCUCCUCUAAUCGGUCGCGCCGCGCAUCAUCUGCUCAAGCUCUUCACGAGCGCAUGUCUGCCCGUAGCCGUCAUCGCUUUGACACUCACGAGUACAUGCGUCCGUCUUUUU